UGAGGGCAGAGCUCACAGCAGUUUACCUCUUCCUUAGGAGGGGACGCAGAAGGACAGGUACUCCAGUGACAGGACCUGAGGGAAUGGCCUGAAGUUGCGUCAAGGGAGGUUUUUGUUGGAUUUUAGGAUAAAGCUCUUUACCCAGAGGGUGGUUGGCACUGCAACAGGCUCCCCAAGGGAGUGGUCACAGCACUAUGCCUGCCAGAGUUCAAAACGCGUAUGAACAAUGCUCUCAGGCACAUGGUGGGAUUUUUGGCUUGAGCUGUGCAGGGCCAAGAGCUAGACUCGAUGAUCCCUAAGGGUUUCCCUACACAUUCCUUGAUUCUUACGCUAGCACACCAGAACCUGUCCGAGCACUCCAGCGAAGACGCAUCCAGGGCGUUCCUCCCCCAUCGAGUUCCCUCACCUUUCGGGAGUGAAACAAAAGCCGGAAAAGAAGAGACGCUAAGCAACAAAGCCCCGCGCCCGAGCGCAGCCCGGCCGGCCGCGGGCUUCCCCUGACGCGUCCGUCGUCACUGGGCCCUGCCCCGGCGGGACGGCCCCGCCCCGGCUGAGGCGCCGCCGCCGCCCGGUGUCCGCGGGGCGGCAUGAGGAGAGCUGGGGGCGGCUGCCGGGGCCGCCAUGUCGCUGCUGUGCGUGCGAGUGAAAAAAGCUAAACUCCAUGGACCACCAGAUAAAUUCAAUACAUAUGUGACCUUGAAAGUGCAAAAUGUGAAGAGCACGACAGUGGCCGUGCGAGGUGACCAGCCCUGCUGGGAACAGGAUUUUAUGUUUGAGAUCAAUCGGCUGGACCUGGGCCUAAUUGUGGAAGUAUGGAACAAAGGACUGAUAUGGGACACCCUGGUUGGGACCGUGUGGAUUGCUCUGAAGGCCAUUCACCAAUCUGAUGAGGAAGGUCCUGGGGAGUGGUCUACGCUGGAGGCAGAAGUUGUAAUGAAACAUGAUGAAAUCUGUGGAACCAAAAACCCAACUCCUCAUAAGAUUUUGCUGGACACAAGAUUUGAAUUACCUUUUGAUAUCCCUGAAGAAGAGGCCAGAUACUGGACCAGAAAAUUAGAACAAAUAAAUUCACUGGGAGAUGAUGAGUAUCCCUUUCAGGAGGAAGUCCAGAAGAAACCAUUGCCCAGUGCUGCCUCCCAGUGUUGCAACUGGAGUUAUUUCGGAUGGGGAGAGCAGCUGACCUUUGAAGAUGCUGACAGUGCCGUGGAUGACCGGGACAGUGACUACCGCAGCGAGACGAGCAACAGCAUCCCCCCUCCGUACCACACCACCGUGCAGCCCAACGCCUCCGUGCACCAGUUCACGGGCCCGGCUCGCCUGCAGCAGCAGGGAGUCCUGCGGGAUUCCUGUGCCGACUCCCUCCAGAAUUAUGAUCUGGAUUAUCGGGAGCAUGUGGCCGCCAGACAAGGAUCUCUAGCUAGAAAUGAAAGAGUCAGGAUCAUUCCAUUUGACACUGAAGAUGGAGAAGAAGAACAGGAGAGUAACUAUGAAGAACUAGGAAAACUGUUAAUAGAGGAUUUCUUAGAAAAAACUCAUAAAACUAGAAGUUGGCAUGAGAAAAAUGUGAAAAAGACGCAAACUCUCUCAAAAAGAGAAAAUUUAAAUCACUGUGAAAGAUCAAGGUACUGCCAAAAUGUGUGUCUGGAGUCAGGGUAUGUAGAUGUCCCUAGAUAUCCUCAGGAAUAUGAUACAAUUGAUAGAAGAAGGAAAAAGAAAUUGCGAUACAGUUUUGAAGAGAGAGAACGAAUAAGUGUGCAAAGAAAUGGAAGUCUGCAGUUUCCUGGGGAGAAAACAGCUUAUUUCAACGGUGUGGCAGCUGAUUCUGAACUCAUUGAUGAUUUCCCAGUGUAUGAUAGAGUUAGAAAAUAUGCCAGGAAUUCUGAAGGUAAGGAGUUGCCUGCUUAUCCAGUCCUGCGUCCAUACAAAAACGGGUUAAUGGUUAAAAGUGGCAAGUUGUCCACCAAGCAGGGGAUAAACCAUGAGGACUCACUUCACUUGAGUAACACUGAGGACAUGAAACACACGAGGAUGCUAGAGAACACUUUUGUGCCUGUCGAUGUCCUUGAGGAAUUUGACAGCAGUGCUUCUGAUGAGUUCCAGUACUCGCCUGUUUCAGAUGAUGAAAUGGGGGAACUUCCAAGAAGAUGGUAUGAUUCUGACAUCAGCCAUUUGAGAAACAUAACUGCUAAUUUCCCUGCAAAUAUGGGCUCCCAGUCAAAAGAUAGCUCUGAUAAAAACCGUAAAACUAAAGAGAGCAAGCGUGAUCAUCCUGUGCAAGACUUAACACUGUCGCCUGUUGAAGAACCCAAUGAGGAGUACAUAGACACAAUGGAUGAACUUCAGUGUCUGGUAGAAUCAGUCUCUGAAUAUUUGGCUGAAAAGGAGGAAGAAAUCAGCAAAUUUGGUACAUUGCCAGAAACAAAAAGAAAUGUUGAGAAUGUGCCACUGAAGCAGGAUAAUGCUGAUAAUUCAGCAGAAGCUAAAAAAUCUGAGCAGACCAAACAUCUUGCUGCAGAGGAGAGUACCAAAGGCAAAUCUGAAUCUCUUCCGGACUUGUCAGGUGUGAAAAAUACAGUGAAUUCCCUCUUCAGCUCUUUCACAGAGAAGGUGGGGUCAAGCACAAAGCAACUCACAGCAUCUGUUGAAAAACUUGUGUCUUCCACUCCAGAGAAUACAGAAAACAAAAACUCAUCAGAAGGUGGAAUCUUGAAUGUAUUUACCAGUAAGGCUAAAAGUGAGAGUUCUGCUUCUGGAGGGGCAGCAGAUAGCAAAUCUGACACUAAGUUCUCCAUUCAGUCUUUGCUACCAUCCCAGGUAAGCAGUGAUAAAAGAGCCCAGAACUCCAACAAGCCAGAAGCCACUGAGACAGACAGUAAGGCUUCUGCACCACAUCCUCCCCAGCAAACACAAGGAAAUUCUGCCGACAGCCAGCAAAACCAGCAUUCAGUUGUGAAUUCAGUUCUAGGCAUGUUUAAUCCUUUAAAGAUCUUCUCUGAGAAGGAAGUGCCAAAACAAGAAGUUACAAAAGAGGAGCACACCAAGGACAGCCAUGCUGUGAAAGCUGAGGAGGCAAAAAGGAGCGAAGCACCAUCUGGACAGAUGUCAGCCAGGACCAGCAGCACUGUUCCAGAGACACAGAAAAGUGAGACCAGAAGUGAGGCAGAGGUAAAUGCAAAUAGCACUUCUGUGUCUUCCAUCUUUGGCAGGCUCACAAACUCAGUCAGUUCCUUCAGUCUGAAAGCCAAUCUUGAUGGUCUCUUGGCUCCCAAGCAGCCAGAUGUGCCACAGAAGCAACCAGAUUUGCAUCCUAUUACAAGUCAGCCAGGUGCUGCUUUGGUAGAGGGUGCAUCCACAGCCAGGAUCCAGCCUCCUGCAAAUCACCCAGAGGAUCAGCAUCCUGCAGGCCAUGGGCUGGCAAACAAGCAAAACAGAGGUAAUGUGGAACCUAAGUCACAGCCUCAAGAUCAGGGUACAGCAUCUGAAAGCUUUUUUAGCCCACUCAAAAAGUCUUUCAGUCAAUUGUUGCUUCCUUCUGCUGAACAACAGAAGAGAGAAAAUACGUCUGAACAUUUUAAAGACCAUAAGUCUGAGGAGGAUAUGAAACAAAAUAGUUCAUCAAAGGAAGACCACUCGUUUCCUUUCACUGGAAAACUUCCUUUUAUCAGUGGGCUGGGUUCAUCAGCAAAGCAGGAACAGAGGAAUGAGAAGGGAGGCUUUAUGUCAUCAUUAUUUAAAUUUUCUUCUGCAGAAAAUCUAGCACCUACACAGCAUCAAAAAAGUCAUCAGGGUUCUAGUGGCAGUCCCCUGCAUGAAAGCAGAAACAGUAAUUCAGGAAAUGCUGUUUCAGUAAAAUCUAGCUCAGUUCCAAAUUUGUCAAACAAUAAGGAGGAACUUUUACAAAGGAGAAACAUGACUAAAGAAAACCUAUCUGCUGUCCAGGUAAACAGAGAAAAACACCAGGAUAGUGCCUCUGCUACCCUUAAGGCCAAAGAAGAGCAGCAGAAAUCUAAGAGUACUCAAGAAGAACCUAGAAAUGUAAAAGGAGGACUGAUGAAAGAGGGAGUAAAUGCAGGAAACUUAAGUAAAGGCUCAGUUGAAUCCACCUCUUCAGCCAAAGGGGCAGAAGCUCCAAGUACAGAUGAUACUCAGAAGAAGCAGACAACAGGUUUUCUUUCUGGCUUCCUUCACAUUUCUUCAAAUGAAAAUACAGCAAAUAAUCAAGAUUCAACUGCAAAAAGUGAGGGUGAUAGCCAGAAAAACACUUCUCAUGGAUUAUUUUCUGGCUUAUUAAGGUUUGCGUCAAGUGAAAACUUGUCUGAAUCUAAGCAAGAGAAGACAAAACCAAAUUCUCUGGGCUUCAUGAAGCUUUUUGAUAGAGGUGAGGAUUCUAGCUUGGAGACAAAACCCAGUAAUUCAGGAAUGGAUUCUGACCAUCAAAGCAGCACUGGAGAAAAGCAGGAAGCUUCCAGCUUCUUAAAAAAUCUGCUGCCAAAACCAAAGGAGAAGCAGGAUAAUGUGAAAACAGUGGAAUCUUCCACUACUGACCACCUAUCUAGUGCAAGAGUAAAUGAAACAACUGAGCCUCAUCUUCCCCACAGUGGACAUUCUGUGCUCCCUGAGGCCCUAAAUCUGCAAGCCAAUGUACAGGACUUGUCUGGAAAGCCUAUAAAUAGUAGGCAUAUUCCUCACCAGGAUGCAGACUCUAAAAUUCUUCCAACUCCUUUAAACAAAGGGUCAAAUGAAUCUCUCAAUUUGACUAAUAAAAGCUAUAACCCCAUGGAGCAGUAUUCAGCUUAUCAGGAAACAAAGAGCCAUUCUAGCUUUGAAUGGGAAUAUGAAGUGGGCAGUCUGGCUGAUGCUCAUGGAAUAGCAGUACCAGUUUACUAUGUGUUAAACCAGAACCCUGUUCUGCCCCCUCAGUUCUUGGACUGGCCUGAAAAUGAUGUGGUAGUGAAUCUUUGCAAAAAGGAUGGGAAUGCAAAUGUGAUGGAUUGGCAGACUAAUGCCAAUUUUGAUGGACAGAGUCUAGAUUUAAGUGCAAUGUCAUAUGAAUCAUUUGACCAGUUAACGUUCCAAGACAUUUGUUUGGAAGAAAGCGAUGCAUGGACUGCUAAUUCUCUCAGUGAAAGUUACAGUAACUUUCCACCCUUUGAAAGAGAUGGCAGUUACUCAUUUGAAGAGUUGCCCAUGGAUUUGAGCUACUCCUCUGGCUGUGAUGGAACGAUGUGGACACUAAUUGACCAAGACACUUUAAGUAUGGAUGAAGGCGUAAUGUACUCAUCCUAUAGCCGGGAGUAUCAGGAAUGGAUAAUGAUGCUUGAGCAGGGUGUGUGGUGGCCAUCAGAAGAUGGUGAUUGUGGAUACUACAUGUACAGUGACAAUCAGUAUGUGUAUUCCCUGCUCACUGAUCCCACUGGACAGUAUGUCUAUGUGUGUGCUCCUGAAACUUACUCCUACAUGGACUGCUGGGAUUAUAAUUUCCAGAUGGAUUCCAUUCCAAGAGCUGUGCUGGAAGACAGCACAAUUGCUGUUUGUGGUUUCAAAGUCCCUCUUGGCAGUGAAGAUGAACUGUUUUGGUUUGCUGAAGAAGAGUGUCUAGAUGAUUAUACAACAAAUAAACCCCUGGAUUUGUCAGUAGCUUUGCAGAGGAGUGACCAGCUAAUGAAUAUGAACUUGGAAACUUUUUCUCAAAUGUUUGAGGAGUCAAUUUAUUAUCAGAGAGAGCAGCCAUUAGACUUUUCAGGUUAUAAACUUCAAAAACUCAAAGUAGAUUUCAGACCUGAGAAGGAAACCCCAAAUCAUUCAGAGGAACCUCCAUUAACCCUUGAUCUCAGAACACAUUCCAGGGCAGCUUUCAAUAAAUCUCUGAGUAAGGAAGUCCACACCAAGGAAGUUGGUAAGGCUGUCCCAGUGACAACUUCUGGGAGUGGGUCAUCAGGAUUCUUUGGAUUCCAGCUGUUUCAGUCUACUCCUAAAGCUGAAGAAAUUGCAGCAUCUACUGAAAGAGUAACAGAAGCAAAAAAGACUGAGGAAGAUAAGAAAACACCAGUGAACAAAGUUAGCUCCUUAUUUUCUGCUUUGGGUGGGCUAAUUGGAAAGUCUACAAGCCCUGGCUCUGAGAUGUCAGAAGAUUCUACCUCAAAGAGAACAGACACACGGUCAAUAUCAUCUGAAAAUAAGGCUGACAUUUUAUCACUUACACCAAAUAAAAAGUUAGAUGAAGAACAAGGUGGGCAGAAGUUUCCUGUUACAUCAGAACCAAGAAGAAAUACUUUGUCAGAACUUAAUUUGGAGGCUGCUAGAAACGAAAAGCCAGAAUUACACCAGACUGAAAACAUCCAUGUUAAAAAACCAGGAUUAACAAGAUCUCCUUCUAUACUGAGCCAAACUGCUGUGGAUGGCAGGCCCAUACGGGAAGAGAGACCUGUUAAAGCAACUCCAGCUUCCAGGCGUCUUGAAAGGCAUGCAGCCAUUAAUGAACCAAGUCAGCCACAGCCAACUCCGAGCCAACCAGCCACUGAGCCUGAGGAGACGUUAUUUAAAAGUGCGCUGAAAUUGUUCAGUCUUGGAGAAGAUUCUCCUGCAACCUCAACUGCCAACAAACCCCAAUCUUCUGGAUUUUUUGAUUUCUUUAAAACACAAGUAAGCAAAGUGCCACAGCCAUCACCAGAACUGGAGAAGAGGCAAAGUAAUAAACCAGCAGAGGUGAAAGAGCCAGAACAGAAGGAAACCUCUGGCAUCUCAUCUUUAUUUGGAUCCCUCGGAGAUCUCUUCAAAGUGGAGCCUGUGUCUCCUCAACCAACGUCAAGUACUACAACUCUGCCAAAACCCAACAGCAGAACUGUGACUGAGCCAAGGCAGAAACCUGAGAAGACUGGGGGUCUUCAGAGUGCCAGUAUGCCAUGUCUGUCCUCCACCCCCAAGGAAGAGGUGAAAACAGAAGGCAUGGACAAGCAGGUGUCUCUUAGCCCCAGGGUGCAAGAGGAACAACAAAGUAAAAAAGCUGUGGAGGAGUCUCCUGAGAGUAAAAAAGUGCCUCCUGGAAAUGUUUCACAGAAACCAGUGAGUGUAGGUCCCAGAGGAAGCCAGCUGGGCCAGCCAACUAGGCAACAAAGCAGCACACCCAUGGUCACACCAAAGCAACAGGGAGGUCGUGUAGGAGACACAGCUAAUCGGGCAAAACCAAAGCCAGACCACACGCCCAAAGAGUCGGGUUUCAGUUUGCCGUUCAGCUUCUCUGAUAUCACUGCUCCGAAAUCCCAGCCAGCCAGUAAGAGCAUAUUCUCCUUCUUCACUGGAUCAGAUGAACCAAAGCCUUCACCAGCUGCUGCUGCUCCUGCUGGUGGGAAGCAACAAGAAACAGAGGGGCUGUUUCAUCUGCCCUCCUUCUUCUCCAGUGGUCCAGCUCCUGAAAAGAGUGUACCUCAAAGAAGUACUAGUUUUAGCUUCUUCAAUUUGACAUCCUUUUUGGAUGAAAAGCCACAAACUACUCCAGGACAGGAAAAAAUAACUAAACCAGUGAAUUCUAAGCCACCAGCUGCUCCUAGACAGGAGAGUAAUACAAAACCAGCUAAAACAGUGAGUGCUAAACCAUGUAUGAAGCAAAGUGUUCCCACCGACUCUGGUGUCAAAACCAGCAGUUCCACCAUGCAACAAGAUUCACACAAUAAAAAAGAAGUUGAUGAUAUUAUUGCAGCAGUGACUGGCAAACAAACGUCUAAUGACCUCAUGAUCUCAGAAAAUAAAUCAGAAAAGCUGGCCGUGGACAAUGUAGAAAGUAUUUCUGCAGUAGCUGAAGAGAGUGGUUUAGAAAAGCUUCCUCAGACCAGUGGAGAGAAUGACUUAGGAAAGCUUCCACAGGCCAGUGGAGAGACUGGCUUAGAGAAAAUUCCACAGGCCAGUAAAGAGAGUGGCUUAGAGAAGAUUCCACAGGCCAAUGAAGAGAGUGGCUCAGAAAAGCCUCCUCAGGCCAGUGAAGAGAGUGGCUUAGGAAAGCUUCCACAGACCAAGGACACUGUAGUAACCAGCUUGUCUGCUCCUGGUCCUUGCCUUCAGACUCCCGCUCUGCAGGAGGGUUCUCACAACCAACAGAGUAUUUCCCCAAGGGCAGAAGAAGAUGCUUUGGGUAAAAUGGAGAAAAUGGACAGUGUUGCAUUUCCUACUGAUGAAGAGCCUUAUUCUUCCAAAGAGCAAACUUCUGAAAAGGUUGAUCAUAGCAUGGCCUCAGGUGAUAAGAUGGAUUCCCAGGGUCUAAAUGACUUAAAUAGUAUGAGUGACUUGAAAAAUGAAGUGGUCUCUGAAGAAGUAUGUGUACAGAAUGAGUUGCCAGAACAAAAAGUACCUGAACAAACUGACAGAUUACAAAGGGCACAACAGCCACAUGUUCCUCCUAAAAUGCCAGAGGCACCUAAUUUGCAAAGCAAACCAAAGGAACCUGAGAGUGAUAAAUCGGUUCUGGAUUCUUCAGUUGAAAUGUUUUCAAGUUUCAUGACAAAAAUGAAACCACCUAAAACAUUUUCUGGUUUCUUUUCUCAACCUCAAGCUACUGCGCCUCCACCUGCACAGAAGAGGAGCUCCUCUUUCUUUGGUUUCUCAUCCCUCCCAAGUGGCCCAGCACCAGCUUUCACAAAUGAUAUAUUUGGCAUCUUCAAAGGUCCAAAAGAAUCUCCAAAAGAGAUGCCUCCAAAAUCCACCCCUAAACCUCAAAGCACUGGUGCAAAAGAUGUCACUGGGUCUGUUCCAGCAAAAGACUCUAGGGAGCCAGAAAAUACAGCUGCAACCAGAGAGUCUAAAAGAGAUGUCUCUACCUCUGUGAAGAAGGAUGUAGUAGCUGCUUCAACAGAAGAGAACUCCACAGGAGAGUCUCCUAUGAAAACAGAAACUGAGGAGAAAAAGAACUUGGAAAGCUCUAAAGAGGAACCUUUGAGUGCCACUCCAGAAACAGGAGUCUCCAGUGAGAAUGAAACCCUUGAGCUGCAGCAGGAUAGUGAAGCACAGCCGUCUGAGGUGGUAGAUGCUCUCCCAUGCCAGUCUGAUCUCAGUGGUGCAGCUGAUACAGUGCAGACUGACACCAGUGACCAGGCUGAUGUAGGUAGUCUCCAGCCAGAUGUGGGGCCUUCUGGUGUAGCAGAGGUAGAAGCUGCUCCUGCAGACAAGGCAGCCUCUGACAUCCUUCGCGCUGGCUCUACUGAUGAGCUCGCACUGGAAAUGGAAGCCCAAACUAACAGGGCAGACACAAACCUUUCCCAGUUAGAUGAGAGUGCUACACUUGAAUCAGAGCCUGCUGUUGCAGGGGAUCAGGUCAAUGCUGGUAUUGAUCAGCAGGACUUGAUCGGUAGUAAUGAUAGCAAACCCACAGCUCCAGCUGAUGAAUCCAGUGUUCAUCUGCCUGAGCUGCAUGAAGAGAAGACAAGUGAGGUAGAAAAGCAAGCUGCUGAACAGGAAAAACAUUUAACAGUUGAGGAGGUGCCUGCAGAAGGGAUUGCUUCCAAAUCUGACUUGAAGAAACAGGGUAAAGCUAAUAAUGUUGCACCAGAUGCAAGCAGUAGUAAACCUGUCUUUGAAAUACCGAACAUACCCAGUUUGCCAAAAUUUGGCUUUAUGUCAUCUUCUGAUAGUGGAAAACCUUUUGGGUCGUUCUUCUCUCAACAGCCACCUUCUGCUAAUAAAGCAGGAGCAGAUGAGGGCCUCGUGUCCAGUUUUAAGAAACUGUCUAUGUCUCUGUUUGAAGGAGGUGGUGAAGAAAAGGUGAGUAAGCCAGAGAGUGCCCAAGGGGCAGUAUUUGGGAAAAAGCUAGAUUUCUCCUUUCCCUGGCAAAAAGACAUCAAGGAGACCUCUGCCAAAAAGGAACCACAUGCACCACCACAGGCUUUGUCAAAACCAGAUGACAAGGUGUUAGGAACAGUCAGUUCAGAAGAAAACUCAAAAUCUGCAGUCUCGGAUCAAGUGACUGACGCAAAUAUAGAAGUGAAGUUGUCUUCAAAGCAGCCUGACGCUGUAGACAAUGAACGUUCUGAAGAGCCAUCUGGUGCAAGCACUGUUGAUACAUCCAACAAAGAGCUGGGAGAGAAGCUUGAUAAAGAGUCAGAAGAUCAACAGAAUGUGAUUUCAGGUGAACUGCAGAAAGAAGAUCAGGCAGAGGAGCGCGUGCCAGACAAGCCUGAGGAGAGAGAAACAGGGCUUGAUUCGGCUCCUGAUGGAGCAGUACUGCAUCCUGACACACUGGCUGCAGAUCUGCAUAGCGUGGAACAACUGAAUGAGAAAAGUCCUGCUGGCAGUAGUAGAUAUGGCUCCUCUUGCAAUGUCAGCCAGGAAAGCUCUCACCUCAGUGAGCUGGAACAUUCCCAUGAAAGUGCCCACGGCUCUGAGCAGGAGGAUGAUCACCAGGAAAGGCAGUCAAAUCACUCUUACCACAGUUCAAGCAGCUACCAGAAGGAUGGUCAGGCGUGGCUCAAGGAGCAAGAGGAGCCUCAUGGCAAAGGAGAGGAGGAGAAGGUCUGCAAAACGGAGGAAAAGCCUGCAGACCAUUCUGCAGCUGUGUUACCUCUGGAACUUGAGAAGCCCAAGGAUGUUGAUACAGGAGUCCAAAUGAGCUACCAGGGUGACAUCGAGCCACCACCGUUUCCUCCAGCAAGAGCCCGUUGGAUUAGAGCUAUUAGCAAAGUCCGACUGCAGCUUCAACAGGACCAAGAUGAGGCUGAUCCGUCAAAACCACCCUGGCUCAAAGGAGGGCCUGCAGGUGGUCUCUAUGGCAUCGAUAGCAUGCCUGAUCUACGCAAAAAAAAGCCAAUUCCACUUGUCAGUGAUCUGGCCAUGUCACUGGUUCAGUCCCGAAAAGCCGGAAUUACCUCAGCAAUGGCUACUAGAACCUCUCUCAAAGAUGAAGAGCUGAAAUCUCAUGUCUAUAAGAAGACCUUGCAAGCCUUAAUUUACCCCAUCUCUUGUACAACCCCACACAACUUCGAAGUGUGGACAGCCACAACUCCUACCUACUGCUACGAGUGUGAGGGGCUGCUGUGGGGCAUCGCGCGGCAGGGAAUGCGCUGCGGGGAGUGCGGGGUCAAGUGCCACGAGAAGUGCCAAGACCUGCUCAAUGCUGACUGCCUGCAGAGAGCAGCAGAGAAGAGCUCAAAGCAUGGAGCUGAAGAUCGGACCCAGAAUUUCAUCAUGGCCAUGAAGGAUCGCAUGAAAAUCCGGGAGCGGAACAAGCCUGAGAUCUUCGACUUGAUCAGAGAUGUGUUUUGUGAGAGCAAAAUGACACAUGCUCAGCAGAUGAAGACAGUGAAACAGAGCGUGCUGGAUGGUACCUCAAAAUGGUCAGCAAAGAUCACGAUCACUGUGGUGUGUGCUCAGGGUCUGCAGGCCAAAGACAAGACCGGGUCCAGUGAUCCAUAUGUAACUGUUCAAGUGGGUAAAACAAAGAAGAGGACAAAAACGAUCUUUGGGAAUCUGAACCCUGUAUGGGAAGAGAAGUUUUACUUUGAGUGCCAUAAUUCCUCUGACCGGAUCAAGGUGCGAGUGUGGGACGAAGAUGAUGACAUCAAGUCUCGUGUCAAGCAGAGGCUGAAACGCGAGUCAGAUGAUUUCCUGGGGCAAACAAUCAUUGAAGUUCGCACUCUGAGCGGAGAAAUGGAUGUGUGGUACAACCUUGAGAAGCGAACAGAUAAGUCUGCAGUGUCCGGGGCUAUUCGCCUGCAAAUCAGUGUGGAGAUUAAAGGCGAGGAGAAAGUGGCUCCGUAUCAUGUUCAGUACACUUGCCUUCAUGAGAAUCUCUUUCACCAUCUCACAGAUGUGCAAGGGAAUGGGGUGGUGAAGAUCCCUGAUGCCAAAGGAGAUGAUGCAUGGAAGGUUUAUUUUGAUGAGACAGCCCAAGAGAUUGUGGAUGAAUUUGCAAUGCGUUAUGGCAUUGAGUCAAUAUACCAGGCCAUGACGCAUUUUGCAUGUCUCUCCUCUAAAUACAUGUGCCCAGGCGUGCCAGCUGUGAUGAGCACCUUACUUGCCAAUAUCAAUGCUUAUUAUGCACACACCACUGCCUCCACAAAUGUGUCUGCUUCGGACCGCUUUGCAGCCUCCAAUUUUGGGAAAGAACGAUUUGUAAAGCUUCUGGAUCAGCUUCAUAAUUCACUUCGGAUUGAUCUCUCAAUGUACAGGAAUAACUUCCCAGCCAGCAGCCGUGAGCGGCUGCAGGACCUGAAAUCUACAGUGGAUUUGCUGACCAGCAUCACUUUUUUCAGGAUGAAGGUCCAAGAGCUGCAGAGUCCACCUCGAGCUAGCCAGGUGGUGAAGGACUGUGUAAAAGCUUGCCUCAAUUCCACCUAUGAGUACAUUUUCAACAACUGUCAUGAGCUGUACAGUCGGGAGUACCAGACAGAUCCUAACAAAACUCAGGACCUUCCUGCUGAGGAACAGGGCCCCAGCAUCAGAAACCUUGAUUUCUGGCCCAAGCUCAUCACUUUGAUAGUUUCCAUCAUAGAAGAGGACAAGAAUUCUUAUACUCCAGUCCUGAAUCAGUUUCCUCAGGAGCUUGCAGUUGGGAAGAUCAGCGCAGAGGUGAUGUGGAGUCUUUUUGCCCAGGAUAUGAAAUAUGCCAUGGAAGUUCUGGAUAACAUGAGCUCAUUCACCUCACCAAGUGCCCCUCCUUUCUUUCGAAUACGUAAAGUUCUCUUUUACGGUGAGCAUGAGAAACACAGACUGUGUAAAAGUGCGGACUACAUGAAUUUACACUUCAAAGUGAAGUGGCUGUACAAUGAAUACGUUCGUGAUCUGCCUGCCUUCAAGGGAAAAGUGCCUGAAUAUCCAGCGUGGUUUGAGCAGUUUGUGAUGCAGUGGCUGGAUGAAAAUGAAGAUGUUUCCUUAGAUUUCCUGCACGGUGCUCUGGAGAGAGAUAAAAAAGAUGGGUUCCAGCAAACAUCCGAGCAUGCUCUGUUCUCUUGCUCAGUGGUGGAUGUUUUCACCCAGCUCAACCAGAGCUUUGAGAUCAUUAAGAAGCUGGAGUGCCCAGACCCUGUCAUUGUUGCCCACUACAAUAGGAGGUUUGCUAAGACUAUUGGGAAAGUGCUGAUGCAGUAUGCCGACAUACUCUCCAAGAGCUUUGAGUCCUACUGUUCCAAGGAGAAACUGCCCUGCAUCCUGAUGAACAACAUCCAACAACUGCGGGUGCAGCUGGAGAAGAUGUUUGAAGCCAUGGGUGGUAAAGAGAUUCAGGAAGAUGAAGAAAAGCCUGCUGAUGCUGAUUUGGAUGCAGAAGCAAGUGACCAUCUCAAAGAGCUCCAGGUGAAGCUGAACAAUGUUUUGGACGAGCUCAGUGCAGUGUUUGGUAACAGCUUUCAGACACGGAUUGAUGAGUGUGUCAAGCAAAUGUCUGAUAUCCUCUGUCAAGUGAAAGGAACAGCAAAUUCUGCUGCUAAUGCCAGAAACACAGUUGCACAAGAUGCAGAUAAUGUCCUGAGGCCACUGAUGGACUUCCUGGAUGGAAACCUGACACUGUUUGCAACUGUGUGUGAAAAGACAGUGUUGAAACGGGUGCUGAAAGAGCUCUGGAGGGUGGUAAUGAACACCAUGGAGAAGCUGAUUGUGCUGCCUCCUCUUACAGACCAUACGGGCACACAGUUGAUUUUCAGUGCUGCUAAGGAACUGGGACACUUGUCAAAGUUGAAGGAUCAUAUGGUGAGAGAAGAAACCAGGAGCCUCACUCCAAAGCAGUGUGCUGUUCUGGACCUGGCACUGGAUACAAUCAAACAAUAUUUCCAUGCUGGUGGGAAUGGUCUGAAGAAAACCUUCUUGGAGAAGAGUCCAGACCUACAGUCACUUCGAUAUGCUCUCUCCCUCUACACUCAGACCACGGACACUCUCAUCAAAACGUUUGUCCAGUCUCAGACAGCUCAGGUGCAUGAUGGGAAAGGUAUAAGGUUUACCGCUAAUGAGGACAUUCUUCCUGAUAAGGGCUCCGGUGUGGAUGAUCCCGUGGGAGAAGUGUCCAUCCAGAUCGACCUGUACACCCACCCAGGAACUGGGGAGCACAAGGUCACGGUGAAAGUUGUGGCAGCCAAUGACCUGAAGUGGCAGACGUCUGGCAUGUUCCGUCCAUUUGUUGAAAUCACCAUGAUUGGGCCCCACCAGAGUGACAAGAAGAGGAAGUUCACAACCAAGUCAAAGAGCAACAACUGGGCUCCAAAAUACAAUGAAACAUUUCAUUUCAUCCUGGGGAAUGAAGAUGGCCCCGAUGCCUACGAGCUCCAAGUCUGUGUGAAGGAUUACUGCUUUGCCCGGGAGGACCGGGUUCUGGGGAUAGCAGUGAUGCAGCUCAGAGACAUAGCAGACAAAGGAAGCUGUGCUUGCUGGUGCCCCCUCGGGCGCAGGAUUCACAUGGAUGAGACUGGACUCACAAUCCUGAGGAUUCUCUCUCAGAGAACCAAUGAUGAAGUUGCCAAGGAAUUUGUGAAGCUGAAAUCUGAGUCCCGCUCCACAGAGGAAGGCACCUGAGCUGAGCUGUGUAAUGUUCCCUUUCCUCUUCUGCCUUGUGCCAAUAUGUGCAAGUGUUCAACAAUUCUUUUAUUAAUUGCAAAAGGUUUUUUUCAUGUUGUCUUUGUCAGCUCCAAUAGCGCACGUGUGCUGUAUAGGAAACAAAUCCAUCAAUCUGAUGUGAAUUAUUUAUUUUUUAGUAGCUGGGUAAGACACCGUAGAGAAUGAGACAAUCUCUUCUUAUUUAACAUGUAAAUUCUGCUUUGUGUAUAUAAAUUAUUUUAUAUUGGAGGCUGGAAUUGCUGGGUUUUGUUGAUAUGCAGCACUGUGAUUUUAUCCUCUGAAUUUGGCAGGCAUUAAAAAGGUUCUGCGUAAUCACACUAUGAUGCAAACACAACUGUGUGGAAAUUGGUAGGAGAUGAUUUGGGGGGGUUUGACAAAGCACAGUUAUCUCUCAUUGAAUUCACGUACUGUGGAGCUGCCUGGGGAUCUUCUGACACAGAUUAUGCCAACGUGAUGUAUAGACACCUCAGCAUCUGCUUAAAGAAGAAGAGGUUGCAGAUGGCUCUGAAGAUGCACACCGAAUGAAUGUAUGUCUACACAUGUGCUGCUGUGAGCUCGGGCCAGACCAGGGCCACAAGCCCGGGGUGGGGCCUGAGAUCUCAUAGCCAAAAGCUGCAAAGGCAGCACACCAAGAGCAGGCUGCAGCUGUAAUUAGCUGGUGUGUCUCGGAGAAUACAAAUCCCCACGUGCUGCUGGGAGUCCCUGAUGGCCGUGGGAGUGCUGUAAGCUGCUCGGCUCCGUAAGGCACGCUCGGGCUGCUGUGACCAACACGGUCAGGAAGGGAUCAGUGUUAGAAUCGUAGAGUUAGAGCCAUUACAAAUCACAUGGCUGCUAUGUGCUUUUUCCACUUCAAUAUUCUUUUGUUAGUGCUUGACAGAGGAUUGGAUAAUUUAAUAUUGCAGGCUUUCUGUAGCAUUUUAUUACCCUGGAGUAGCUAAGACCAUUCCUCACUAUGAACCCAGAAAUGAUGGCUUGCUUGGGAGAGAGGAACACACCUCCCCUCUGCAAGACUUCAGUCUGGAGUGCUGGUCAAGGGGCAGCACGUCCGUUUGCUUCUGAUCUUGGAGAUGCUGUUGGCCGUGCUGUGGUUAAUCCAUGCUGAUUGUCAUUAAUCUUAUAAUACCAUUGACAAUACCAUUGAAAUAUUUUUGCACUGUCUUAAAGAAGCAUCCUGCUUUUGUUUUCUUAAAAAAACAAAACACUGUCCUGAGCAAAGUAAUUGCAGGGAGGUCAGAAUUUCUGACUGAAAAUUAGUGAGCAGGAAGGUCUGGAAUGGUGAUUGCACCUGAGGCAUGUUUGUUGGAGGGUUUUUAUUGGGGAUAUUUUUGCUUUUCCAGCUGCCCUUGUGCUCUGGAAAGUGCAGCUGGAACAAGCCAGUCCUUGCCCAUAAAGUACUGUAAUACUGUCAAUAAAUUCAAGGACUGCAUAUUGAAUGACUUUUUUUUUCCUUUCUAUUUUCUCUGACACUUGUGUAGCUGUAUGAUGUGACUCCUGUAUUUCAUGGGCCUGCUUGUAGAGUUCUGAGACAGCACAUCUGCUUUGUUCUUGUCCAUGGUGUGUUAUAAUAAUGCUCUUCAAAACUCCACACUAUUUGUCAUGAUUUUGAAUCAUUGUACGUGCCAUUGUUAUGAGAACUGUUAGUAUGGUCUUUAAUAAACUCUUUUAGCAGCA